AUGGCCAAUAAUCCACUCAGUCCAGAUUCUAUCCUACACCAUAUGGCAGAAGCUCUACCUACUCAUCAAAAAAACGAUACCAAUUCAGAUAUAAGCAGUUCUUAUGAAGCCAUAGCACUUUUCUGUCAUGCAUGUAUGAUCGCAGUAGGAUUCCGACUUCUCGGAUUCGGAGAAGGACAAAAGAAUGAAGCAGAAUGCGCACAACUCUCUCCACGUUUAUCAACGAAAUGGAAUUCUUCUUUCGGAUCUCAUUCUUUCCUUUACGCACAUUCGCAAUCUUCCAUGCAAUACGUGGUGAAAGUCGAUCGAUUAGGAGGAAAGGCAGAAAUUAGAGGGAUAGGACUCGGUGAUGAAAGAAUAACACGUUUCGAAAUCACAGCCAAAGAUUAUAUCUCUUCCGCUGCUCUGCCACUUCGAAUACCUUUUUCAAAUGAUGAAGAAGAUCGCACAAAUCUCGAAUCAAAACUCCAAGAGAUUUUUAUCUCUCCUUCCAGAAUCGCAGAUCUUGCUUCCUUAUUCAAGAUAAACAUUAUCCAAAAACUUCUUCCCUCCCUACAAAAAGAAGGUUAUGAGGAAUCUCGAAAUCAAGGCGAAUCUGAAGCCUCUCGAGUUCACGAUGAAAGAGAAGAACAACAUGCUCGACGAAAUCCACCUCGAAAUCCUCUUGCAGACCCAAAUCUUCCAGCACCAGCACGUCCAUAUCCCUUCCACGAUCCUCUUGCCGACCAACCACGUCGCCCUAUCCCAGCAGGCGAUUUCCCACCUCCUGGUUUUGACGACGAAUUAGAUCUCAACCGACCUUUACGGGGUAUGGUUCAACCAGCAGGUUCACCCUUCAACAUCGGUCACGAUGAUUUACAUCCACCGGGACUAGGUCCUAAUGAUCCUUUACGUGGUUCAUUUACAGGUGGAAGAGGAGCUGGUGGUCUAGGUGGUUUCGGUGGUAUGCAUCCUACAUUUGACGAUCCAUUAUUUGCCGGACAAGGACAAGGACAAAGAGGUACUGGUAGAAAUGGAGGGUUUAAUCCGCAAGUUCCGCCGGGAGCAAGAUAUGAUCCGUUAGGACCAGGUGAUGGACCUCAGAGGGGAGGUGGUGGAAGACCACCUAAUCCAUUUGGUGGGUUUGGAAGUGGUGAUUUUAUUUAA